CCAGCAUGGACGCGCUCCCCGGCGCGCUCCCCGGCGGACCCGGACCCCCCCCCUGAAGGUUUCCCGAGGAUGUAACUGCUUCUUUCUCAGCUUCUUUCUCUCACACUUCUUACUCUGACAAUCACAAAUGAGGAUCUGCCCCCCCCUGCUGCUGAUCUGCCCCCCCCUGCUGGCCCUGCUGGCCCUGCCGGCGGCCUGCGUCCUGCCCGGGCGCGCCCCUGCACCCGCCGCCCCUGCGUCCUCCCGGGACACCUGCGCGUCCUGCGCCCUGCCCCCGGUGGAGGACGGGGACGGGGAGCUGCUGGAGGCCGUGAAGCGGCACAUCCUGCACCGGCUGCAGCUGCGGCAGCGGCCCAACAUCACGCACCCGCUGCCCCGCGCUGCCAUGGUAACGGCGCUGCGCAAGCUGCACGCAGGGAGGCUGCGGGACGACGGAGGGCUGGACAUCCCGCACCUGGACGGACACGCACUGAGGGACCAGGUCCUGGAGGACAGCUCCGAGAUCAUCAGCUUCGCCGAGAAAGAUGACCUGGUCUCCUCCAAGUCCAGCCUCUUCUUCCUGAUCUCCAGCGAGGGCAACCAGAACCUGCGGAUCAUCCAGGCGACCCUGUGGCUUUACUUCCGGCUGCUGCCGCACCCCCCGCAGGAGCGCGGCAAGCGCAAGGUGACUGUGAAGGUGUACUACCAGGAGCCCGGCUUCGGCAGCAAGUGGGACCUGGUGGAGAAGCGCCUGGAGCUGAGGCGCAGCGGCUGGCACACCUUCCCCCUGACCUACGCCGUCCGGCUGGUGUUUGAUAAGGGCGAGGACAGGCGGCAGAACCUGGACGUACGCUGCGAAGGCUGCGAGGUGGAGGGUGUCAUGCCGCUCCUGCUCAACGUCAACGACGACUCCCAUCGGCCCUUCCUGGUGGUGCGAGCGAGGAAAGCGGACAGCAAGCACCGCAUCCGGAAGCGUGGGUUGGAAUGCGACGGCAGCAACAACCUGUGCUGCCGGCAGCAGUUCUACAUAGACUUCCGGCUCAUCGGCUGGAACGACUGGAUCAUUGCGCCGUCGGGAUAUUACGGGAACUACUGCGAGGGGAACUGUCCCGCCUAUUUGGCGGGCGUCCCAGGCUCGGCGUCGUCCUUCCACACGGCGGUGGUGAACCAGUACCGCAUGCGAGGGAUGAGCCCCGGCUCCAUGAACUCCUGCUGCAUCCCCACCAAGCUCAGCACUAUGUCCAUGCUCUACUUCGACGAUGAGUACAACAUCGUGAAGAGGGACGUCCCCAACAUGAUUGUGGACGAGUGCGGUUGCGCCUGA